AUGACACUUUAUGAUAUACUCUUCAGUCAGCUGGAUGUCAUAUCAGCUCAGUUUAUUGUCAUUGAUAAUGACUUCAGGAGUCCAAAAUUUAGGAAACAACUCACUAAAACAUUUGAUUCUUUAUUGUCUAAUAAAGAUUCUUCUAGUAUUUUCUGGGGUAAUGACAGUCUGGCAACUCUGGUAGCUUUGGAGUUAAAAUUUGAUCUUUUAGUGUUGUUGAGUGAUGUGGAUGGUAUUUACAGUGACCCACCAAGUAACCCUCAGUCAAAGCUAAUUCAUACAUACAUUAAGGAGAAGCUUGAGAAUACAAUUACUUUUGGUGAUAUGUCAAGGCUAAGAAGAGGUGGAAUGACUGCUAUAGUCAAAGUUGUUGUUUAUGCUUCACAAGUUGGGAUCCCUGUCAUUAUAACAAGUGGUUUUGCGAGGGAACAUAUUGUCAGAAAACUUCAAGGACAUCUUAUUGGUACACUCUUUCAUCAGGAUGCUCAUACAUGGGUGUCAAAUGGGGAGUUAAAAAAUGCACGUGACAUGGCAAUAGCAGUAAGAAAAAGUUCUAGACAUCCUCAGGUAUGUUUUAAUUGGUUUAUUAUAAUCAUGUUUAUAAAUAGAAGUUUUGAUUUAUUGAUAUAUUUUAAUGAAUUGAACUCCAUGUCUGUGAAAGGAAGAAGUAAGAUAUUACUUGAUAUAGUUGAUGCUCUUGAAGCAAAUUGGAAAGUGAUUUUACAUGAAAAUGGAGCUGAUUUUUAUGUUGAUUACGAUGCUGGAUAUGAAACAUCCUUAGUUUCUCGGUUAGCUCUAAAUCCUGGGAAGGUUUCUAGUCUUGUAAAAGCCAUACGUGUGCUUGCAAAUAUGGAAGAGCCUAUUCGACAAGGAUGCCUUGUGUUUCUUUCCUUGUUGAACUUGAUACUGGAAGUGAUCUUCUAUGAAUUCCAAGUGAUUUUGUGCAUUGUGCUCCACUUUCAGGUGAGGAACGGUAUUAGAAGUAAUCUUGGAGAUGUUAAGUUGGAAACAGUUCCAUGUGGAGUUGGAAAUGCUAUUGGUAAUAAGGGAGGAGUUGGAUUGACGAUGAGAAUCUAUAGGUGGAUUAUAUGUUUUGUGAACUGUCACUUUGCUGCACAUCUGGAUGUUGUUAAUAGGCGUAAUGCAGAUUUUGAUCAUGUAUACAAAACAAUGUCAUUCAGUCGUCCAUCAAAUCUUCUGAAUUCAUCAAUUGGUAUGAUUGUGAUGUCAGAAAUUUUCUUAUUUUUCUUACUUGCCACCUCAUCUUAUUCACUCUUGAUUCUCUAUGGUUCUCUCUUCCUACCUGCUUUACUUUUUGCAGCUAGAGUCACUUCUAUGGCUAUGAGUAGCCUGUCUGUGGAUGAGUCGCCAGAGCUAUUUGAAGCCACAUGGUUGUCUUUUUAG